AUGCUCGUCACCACUCUCUUUACUGUCGCUCUCGCAGCCACCUCAACACUCGCCCUUCCUCGUGGCAUUCGAGUCCCUCGGGGCCAAGAUAGCUGUCAGACCACCAUAGGCACCAACGCCUUCGGGACCCUCGGCCCCUUCACAAUCGCCGCGAUCAACCAGACGGACGACGUCGCAACGAGCACCGGUGUACCCCUUCACCUGAGUCCAUCCGUGUCCAGUGCAGGGAACGAUUCGCGCUCGCUCGCGACGGAUGAAACAUACCCUAGGGUCGAGUUCCCCGAAUUCCGGCUAGUGAAUGGUGGGAUCGUUGCCGCACAAAACGCCUCUACGGGCCUCGGUGCUGCGGCGACCGACGUCGGCGCAGGCGAUGCUUUGAGCUUCGAGGUCUCGCGUGAUCCGCUUCCCCCCGCAUCCGUCUUCUGUGCUGUGGUCGGUACCUCCCCGGCGGGAGGGAACCCCAAGUACCCACUGCUCGCGCUGCACGGCGACACGCAUCGUUUCGCGCUCUGCAAGGGACACAGCAGGGAGAACAACAUCCCGUUCGACGUCAUCGUCUACCAGCCCAGUGCGAACCGAUCGGACGAGUACGCUUACGAGAGCUGCUAUCCUGUGUUCGUGCAGCUGGUGCCGACCGAGCCGUAUUGA